AUUUCUGAGGAAGUAGAAACUAAUUCACUCAACGUCAUUUCACGUGUCACACUCAAUAUUUCAUGUACAAAGCGUAACCUCCAACUUUAUCUCAGACCGUAUUGUGAUGUUACACACGAUUUUAUCAGCGUUACUAUCAGCGAUCUUUCUCGGCAUAAUUAUUCGUAUGUGUCGUACCACCGAUUUUCUCCACAAGGAAGAUUCAUUAAAUUCGUUCUCUUGGAACGAUAUAUAGACGAUCUUCAAAUAAAGCAACGGGAACAAAAUAUACAACCUCGAAUAUAUUGGAUAACUAUGAGAUAUAAAUGCAUUUUAGAGAAAGUUGCAACGAUCUUCCAAUAUGUAAAUCAAAACAAAGAAGAAAAAUAUUUGAUUUUACCUCGUAUUCCCGCUGAAUGGAUAUUUCCAUAUUGGGAAAAUCCUGCAAUUAAGGCCAAAUUUACUAUUCGAAUUAACCAUGACGUUGGUACAACAGCUUUGUCACACAUGCCUGGUGAUAGUAGUGUAGAAAGAAAUAAGGUCUAUACUUCUUUUUCUAUCACACCCGUAAUGUCCACUCAACUGGUAGCAACAGUAGUUAUACCUUAUGAAUGUGCCAUACCUAUUGUAUUGUUGGAUAGUGUUACUAUAGCAACCAGGUUAGAAGUGAGAAAAGACAUAUUGUACGCAUCGUUUCUUAUAGAGAAUAUUACGAUAUUUCUCAGAGAAAAAGUAAAGGAUGUCAUAGUGGCCUCACAUGUGCGUUAUGUAGCACUUCCAAUAAACUCCAGCUCUUACAAUACUAUAGUAACUACUGGACUUGUUUUGUUCAGAGACGCUGACAUUGCAUAUAAUAAAGAAGUAGAUUCGAUUAUAAGAAAAACAGAAGUAACAUGUUUGGUUGUACGCAGUGUGAUACAAGAAAUGUUCAGUAAUUGGCUAGUUGAACUUAAGCAGUCUGAUCCUUGGUUUGUUGAAGGUUUUUCGACAUUUUACGGAGUUUAUCUAUUCGAUCAGAUUUACAAUGAGACUUUACUGAUGUCGAUUGUGGUCCAGGCACGACGGGUAGAUUUUGAAUAUACACAAGCAUUUAGUGAAUAUGAUCUUCCAAUGCAAAAAUAUACAUUUCUUCAAAACGUAACUUUUAAUAAAAUGUGGAAAGAGAAAGCAUUUACUAUUUUCUAUAUGAUGAAUAAUUUAUUCCGUAAUCAAGAUGUUCUAUAUAACACUAUUUUCAAGAAAGCGUUAACUACAUAUUACAAGUAA